UCAUUUGAGAGGACUAAUAUACGGGAUAACAGCGCUGCUCAGAAUGAAUGAGAUGCCUGAUGUAAUCAAAGGAAGCAUCCAGAAGAUAAUUGAGUCUCCAAUAGACUUGAUGAGAAAGUACACCAGAGAGCAUAUUCUUGAGCUCAGGAGCAGGUUUGAAGACAAGAGAAACCGAUGGGACGAAGGCACAGAUGAAUACAAUAACCUUGAUGCACCCUUCCAGAAGCUUUCAGAAUGGAUGGAAGAAUACAAAGAUGAUGCUUACAGUGAGGACGAUGAUGAUGACGAUAACUUCGAAGAAGACGACUACUUAUGGUCAAGAUCUGAUUCAUGCCACUACAAGUCGUGUUUGGAAGAUAAAGAAGCUCCUCUUUUCUUCAAAGAAACUUUGGAGGACUUUAGAGAAAAUAAAGAAGAAGACGUUCAUUGAGGAAUAAUUGAACUCAUCCCUGAGGACAGCCAGAAGUUAUUAGAAGUGAUCAUGGAGAGAUGAGAGUAAAUGUAGUCUCUCCAGAGCUAGCUUCUUAUUAAUAUUACU